AUGGAUAAGUGUGAGUUUGACUUUGAUGAUGUGGUUUUCAUACAGCAGGCUGGAGCUUCAGUAGAUAUGACGCGCAGCUUAGAAGAAGAUUCUCUGGUGGAUGGACCUCUGAUCUCUGCUGACGCCCUCCACUCUGCCAUCAGGAGAGAGUUUCAGACACUGCCAACACACUGCCAUGCCGCGCUGCUGUCUGUGCUGCAUGUUGUGUAUGUGGUGUUGUCGGUGUGUGUGGCGGUUCUGUGUGUGUUAAAAUUUGGCCAGGUGGAGGAGUGUGCGAGUGUGUUGGGUGCCAUGUCUGGUGACAGUGCCAUCGUGUAUGGGAAGGUGUGUUUGUGGGUGCUGGUGCUGGUGUUCACUCGCUGUGCACAUCACCAUCACGUUCAGGCCAGAAGGAGAGGAUACCUGCGAUUCUACAGACAGACACAAGGACUCAAUCACCUCCCGCUCGCCGCUCUCUCUACAGGGAACGUUUUGCUGCUGGUUGUUCUGGCUGCGAAAUUAUCACCACCUGAGGAAACCUACAUUCUGCUCAGCAUCCUGGUGCUGGAGCUGCUGGUGGGAAUGCCAUGUCUUUUCUAUUACACAGUCAAGGUGAUGCGAUUCAACAGUGAGCGAGCCGCACCAGACGUAAGCCAAGAGGAUCACUUGCACAAUUACAGUAUCACAAGUCUUCCGACCGAGACCGGCUUCAGAGAGGGCUCAAGUCUUGAGGAGGUGGUGGAGAAGCAGGCCGACCUGAUCGAGUACCUGAAGCAGCACAACACCUUACUGAGCAAGAGGCUUCUCAACCUGACCGCUCAACACUGACCACAGCCCGGCCUCUCUGCAGAGGGCAGCGCUGCAGAGGAUCUGUGGUUCUAAAGAAAAAACUCAGGCCAUGAGUAACACUGGAUAAAAGCCUGAAAUAGGCAAAUGCACCUGUACGCACAGACUGAGACGGGAGGGCGAGUUGGACAAAUAACGCAGGAGGAGGUGAGCUCAAAGUGGAGGAAGGUUUAAGAUGAGGAGAAGAGGAGUCAUGGGUCACAGAUCAGAGGUGAAGGGUUUUUUUAUCGCUCUUUUACGACCCCCAGUGACCCGUGGAUGCUGUCGCCUGUUACUGUGAGAAAAGCGGAGGGAGCGAAUUUGUUUUAGAGAUCAUCUGCACUAAAGAGGGACUGAAGGAGCAGGACAUGCAGGAGGGAGAGGUUAUCGCUUUACACGGUCAAAACAUCUCAAAUAACAUCAUAAUAUGUCUGUAAGUGGUAUUUUUAUGUUUGAAUUUGUGUAAAUAUAUAAAGCAGUGACAUUUUUUUCUACUUGUUUAAGUCAGUUAGUUUGAGUAUGUGUGAUCGACUUCCAAUAAAUC